UGUGUGUCCGUGUGUGUGUGUGUGUGCCCGUGUCCGUCUGUCCAGUUCCCUAGCCGGCCUGAGGGCAGGGCUGAUCUAACCCCACCUGAGUGUUGCUCUGCCCUACGGCUGGCUCACCACAAACAGCCUAGGACAGAAUGGACAGAGAGGUUGGAGGCAGCCUAGACUAUGCCUAGCCCCCAGGGGCAGUAGUGGACUCCAGGGUAUGAUACAAAAUAGGAGCAUCACUCUAGGGUGAGGUCAAAGGUCAACCUCAUCUGCACAGGUACUAGGUUCCUCUCCUCUAGAUUAGUCUAUAUUCCCCAGGGAGAAAGAGAACAAGAGAGUGAACUCUAGGACUUCAGUUCUGAAAGGCUUUAGUAGGGUCCAUGGUGAGACCAAACCCUCCUUGUACAGAAAAUGUGGUUGGUUAGAGAGUUAAUUGGAGGGGGGGAGGGGAUGGCUGAAGAGACCCACCAGCUUCUGUUUGGUUUGAUUCUACUGUGACCUACCUGAUCACAAUGGCUCUAGUUGCAAAAACUACUCUCCCUUUCACCUAUCUAGCCUAAGAGCACCAUUUAACCUUUAACCCUUUACCUGUGGCCUUGCGGAAAAUUCUCUAAACAUUCAGACUUUUUAGACAUCUGAUAACAAGUUUAGACUCUCCCUCCCUCUCUACCCCCAUCUCCAAAUCUGACCCUUAAUCACGGAGAGGCUUUCCUGGGCUCUGAUUAAUGAACUUUCCCUCAGAAAAACCGAAGGUGUAUCAAGGGGUCCGGGUGAAGAUCACAGUGAAGGAGCUGCUGCAGCAGAGGAGGGCACACCAAGCAGCGUCAGGAGGAAUCUUGUCCCAGAGCAGCAGUGUCCAGUUUCCAGAAGCACUUUCGCCUUCUUCUGCAGCCCCCUAUUUGGAACCAGAGCAUAUUUCUCCUGCUCCCAACUAUUUUCAGCCCCGACAGUUUUCCAGUUGUGUGUCCUGUGAAGAAAACCCCAGUUGCCUUGACCAAGUCUUCGAGUCCUACCUUCCAACAGAGUCGCUCCUGGACCACUCGCUCAGCUCCACACAAGGCGUCCCACUGUGUUUCCCGGACAGCUUUCAGGACACCCCUUUCUGCUUUAACCAAAGCCUGGCACCAGGAUCACCCUCAGAUUCGUCAGCUUUGUCCAGCCCUCUGGAAUACAGUUACUCCCCACCUCAGCAGCCAUCAUUGACUCCAGUGACUUACAGCUGUCCCUCCUCCCUGGACACCAGGGACUAUGGGCACCCCCCAGAAGAGUACUCAUACCAUCAUUUCCACUCUCACCCCCGAUACAGCUGUUACACCUCUUCCUCCUCUUCUUCUGUCUGUUACUGCACAUCGUGUGAGACGCAGCACCUGGACACCAUCAAAGUAUCAGAGUACUUCUCGUAUCCAGAUACAGACUGUAUAGACUAUUCCCAUUCCCUGCCGACAGCUGUGGCUGAUGAUUUCUAUAGAAGAGAAGCAGAUUGUGACAUCUGCUACAGUUAGUGGGAAUGGGAUUUCUUUGGAGUAUUGUAUGUGUAUAUUUUGCUCCUCAAGUUAGGUAACACUUCAAAAAAUGCCGUCUAGGAAUGAAUGUCACAGAGCACAGUUUACACCUUCUCUACAAUUUUUUUUAAUUUUUUUUAAUAUCCUGUUAACUUAGUCAUUGAUAAUAAGCCCGCUUAAUCCUGCCAUAGCCCUAUUCUCGCCUUGUACACUUACAGUUAAGAUUCCUUAAAGAAAAACUUUCACUUAUUUGUUUUACUCUCCUGUA